AAUCUCUUACGUCAUACAUCCUUCAACUCUUUACAAUAAUUUAACCGCAAAAAAGAAGAAUCCUAGCUCCAUCCAUAUAUAGAAGUAGCAGAUAUUAGGAUUGAAUCAAUAAGCCAAAAGACAGUUAUUUGAGUGAAGAAUUGAAGUUCUAACUAAGAUGGCAUCAAAUCAGGAAGAAGAGGUGAAGCUUUUUGGAGUUGUGCCAAGUCCAUUUGUAACUAGAGUUGACAUAGCUCUAAAUUUGAAGGGAGUUCAAUACAAAUUUGUGGAAGAAAACUUAGGAAAUUUUAGUGAUACACUAAUCAAAUACAACCCUGUUCAUAAGAAAGUCCCUGUAUUAGUUCACAAUGGAAAACCCAUAUCAGAAUCUCGUGUGAUUCUUGAGUAUAUUGAUGAAACUUGGAAGCAAAAUCCAAUUUUACCUUCUGAUCCAUACAAAAGAGCCUUGGCUCGAUUCUGGUCCAAUUUCAUUGAUGAUAAGUUUUUGAGUGCUGUAAGGAAAUGGAAAGAAAACAAUGAAGAGAGUAUUGAAGAAAUGGAAGUGGCUUUUCAAUUUCUUGAGAAUGAGCUCAAGGACAAAUUCUUUGGUGGAGAAGAGAUUGGCAUUGUUGACAUCACUGCAGUUUUCAUAGCUUAUUGGUUCCCUAUUAUACAAGAAAUAAUAGGAUUGAAGUUGUUCACUAGUGAGAAAUUUCCAAAGCUUUACAAAUGGAGCCAAGACUUCACCAAUCACCAAGUUGUCAAGGAAAAAUUACCUAACAGAGAAACAUUGUUUGCCUACUUUACAGCUCGUAUGGAAACUAAGAUGGCAUCAAAUCAGGAAGAGGUUAAGGUUUUUGGAAUGUUGGCAAGUCCAUUUGUGAGCAGAGUGGAGAUUGCUCUAGGAUUGAAGGGAAUUGAAUACAAAUAUCAAGAAGAAGAGUUUGGGAACUUGAGUGAUACACUCUUCAAAUAUAAUCCAGUUUAUAAGAAAGUUCCUGUUUUAGUUCAUAAUGAUAAGCCCAUAUCAGAAUCACUUGUGAUUGUUGAGUAUAUUGAUGAGACUUGGAAACAAAAUCCAAUCUUACCUUCUGAUCCUCACAAAAGAGCUUUGGCUCGUUUCUGGUCCAAUUUCAUAGAUGACAAGUAUAUGAAUGCUCUAGGGAAAGUUCUUUACACUCAUGAUGAGAAAGAACGUGAGAAGUGCAUUGAGGAAUCUGAAGUAGCUCUUCAAUUUCUUGAGAAUGAGCUCAAGGACAAAUUCUUUGGUGGGAAAGAGAUUGGCCUUGUUGACAUUACUGCAGUCUUCAUAGCUUUUUGGCUUCCUAUUGUACAAGAAGUAAUGGGACUAAAGUUGUUCAACAAUGAGAAAUUUCCCAAGCUUUACAAUUGGAGUCAAGACUUCAACAACCACCCAAUUGUUAAAGAAAAAUUGCCUUCUAGAGAAAGCCUUUUGGCCUUCUACAAAGCUCGUUUUGCCUCCUAGCUAGAGAGACUUGUUGCUUCAAAAUAGAUUAAUUUAAUGUGAAAUGUCUAAACUACUUGUUUGUUGAUUUAGUUUUUAUUUGAAUUUUCUAUAUAUGAAUAUGAUUUCUCCAUGUUUAAAAAAUCUAUGACUUUGUCCUCAUUUACAUUAUUUUAGUUCAUAAUAAGAAAACCAUCAUUUGUCUAUGAACAU